GUUAGCUGCUGUGAUGCAGAAAAUAUUCAUGGUGAAAUGGACCCUGGCCGUACCAAAAUGAAAGGCCCUUUUCAUUUUCAAUGACGUCUCCAGGGCAACAACAAUUGAUUGAAGCUUCCUGUUUCCAGUUGCUUUGUUGCUCAUAAUGACAACCUAGAUGCCGAAACCGCGUUUCUUCUCUACUUGUUAGACAUUGUACAACCUAUAACUUAUAAAUACAUAACUUCAGCUAGAGAUACGUCCAUCAUUGCUGCAUCUUAUUUUCACUUCAACAUCUUAUCAAUUCUCCACAUAUUUUGAUACUAUCAAAUUUGUUUUGACAAUGGAAGCCAAUUUAGCUUCUGGAAUUCAGAAGACUGAAGUAGUAGAAGGACUUUCAGCGGCCAGGAGGUGGGAGUUGGUUAAGGCUUUGCCAGGGAAAUUAAGAACCAGGGUCGAUGAAUUUCCUGGGAAGAUAAAGAAAUUAGGACAAGACGACCCGAGAAGAAUUGUUCAUUCGUUUAAAGUUGGAUUAGCCAUCACCUUGGUGUCACUAUUCUACUAUUUUGAUCCCCUCUACGUUGGUUUUGGCAGCUCAGCAAUUUGGGCUGUUUUGACCGUUGUUGUUGUCUUUGAGUUCUCUGUAGGAGCCACCCUUGGAAAAGGCUUAAAUAGGGGAUUAGCAACAUUUCUUGCUGGAACUCUGGGAUUUGGUGCUCAUCACAUAGCAAACUUGCCCGGACAGAAAACCCAGCCUAUACUACUUGGGCUCUUUGUCUUCCUUCUAGCUACAUCAGUAUCGUUUAUACGAUUCUUUCCCCGAAUGAAGGCCAGAUAUGAUUACGGGCUUGUCAUAUUCAUCUUGACAUUUUGCUUGAUAUCUGUUUCUGGUUAUCGUGAUGAAGAGGUGCUCGAAAUGGCUCAUCAAAGAGUAUCCACCAUACUAAUUGGUGGCUUUACAGCUGUUCUUGUCAGCAUUUUCAUCUGCCCAGUUUGGGCUGGCGAUGAUCUUCAUAAUUUGGCUGCCAACAAUAUUGAAAAGCUUGCAAACUUCUUAGAAAGUUUCGGGGAUGAAUACUUCAAAAAAUCAGGGAAUAGAGAGUCAAAGCAAGCAUCAUUACAAGGGUAUAAAAGCAUACUCAAUUCGAAACAAAUUGAAGAAUCUUUGGCUAAUUUUGCUAGAUGGGAACCCAGUCAUGGGCGGUUCAGGUUUCGACAUCCUUGGAAACAAUACCUGAAGAUUGGAAGCCUCACUCGGCAAUGUGCUUACAGAGUUGAAGCUCUUAAUGGCUAUCUCAACUCUGAUGUUCAGGCUUCACCAGAAACCAUUGGAAAAUUUCAGGAGGCAUGCAUCAAAAUGAGCUCAGAAUCAGGGAAAGCCAUGAAGGAAUUAGCAUUAGGUAUCAGAACAAUGAAUCUACCAUCCUCUGAUUGUCGUCACAUUGCAAAAUCCAAAAAUGCCGCAAACAAUCUCAAGUCCUCGCUCAAAACAGGGUUGUGUAAAGACAUAGAUAUACUGGAGAUUGUAGGAGUAGCUACCGUAACUUCACUACUGCUUGAUGUUCUUUCUGCACUGAAAAAAUUUCAGAGUCCAUUCAUGAAUUAGCCUCUCUAGCAAAUUUCAAGAGCAUGGAACCUAAUGUAGCAGAUGGGAAGCCAAAUUUAAAUCAGCAGGGACAAGUGCAGCCAAGUUCUGAUGGCA